CAGGCGCGUCGCGCCGCGAUGCUCCCGAAGGUGAAGCUCAUCCGCGCGCUGCAGAGCGACUUCCUGCGACGCCGCGCGGAGAGAUCGUACGACGCGGAGAGCAUGGCGGUCAGCGCGCGUCUUCUCGAGAUCAAUCCCGAGGUGUUCACCGCGUGGAACUUUCGACGCGAGGCGAUCGUCGCGGGCGUGGACGCCGUCGACGCGCGCGCGCGGCCGCCGCUCGCGGACGAGCUGACGCUCACGGAGAAGACGCUGAAGAAGAACCCGAAGAGCUACCCGUCGUGGUAUCAUCGAAAGUGGACGAUAUCGCGGAUGGUGGACGAGGCGGACGCGCGCGCGGACGUCGCGGCGAGAGACGCGACGCUCGCGCGCGAGCUCGUCCUCGUCGAGAGGCUGCUCGACGCGGACGACAGGAACUUUCACUGCUGGGGGUAUAGGCGGUUCGUCGCCGCGCUCGCGAAGGUCCCGGACGCGGACGAGCUCGAGUUCACGACGAAGAAGAUCGAGGCGAACUUCAGCAACUACAGCGCGUGGCAUCACCGGAGCGCGUACCUGCCGAGGCGCGAAGACGAAACCGAAAACGAAAACGACGCGCCGCCGCCGUCGUCGUCGUUACCCCCCGACGUCUUGCGCGCGGAGUACGAGCUCGUGCAGAACGCGUUCUUCACCGAGCCAGAGGACCAGUCCGGGUGGAUGUAUCACCGGUGGCUGCUGCGCAACACGAUGUCGACGUCGACGUCGUCCGCCGGGGACGACGCGAAGAGCGACGCGACCGCAAUAAGAGAGACGCUGGCGCGAGAGGCGGCGUUGUGUCGCGAGCUGAGGUGCGUUAUAUACACUGGUUCCCAUACGACCGCGUUCGCGUGGUGA